UCUUGUUUUUUACUAUCAUAGAGCAAUGUAAUUAAUCCAAAACUCCCACCCAAUCCGUUGCCUUUUUCUCUUUCAAGUUUUAACCAUUUUCAGAAAGAGCAUCUCCCCAACCUGGUUUCAAUUUUUUUUUUUUUACAGUAAAGCUACCCUAUAGGUUCGACCGUUUCGGGUCAAGCGUCCAAAUGCCAAUUUGGGCCCCGGCCCGGUCUUUUGGAGAACGAAUCGAUACAAAUGGCUCACGUUUGAGGUCCCACUUUGAUUUCCACCCCACCACGUCGACACACGGAAAAAGGAUCCUCUGCAGCAACGCAUACGAAUGGUUUCCAAUCUCUUAAUCAUCCAACCGUUCAAAAACACCCCGCAUCACAAUCUAACGGCCACGAAGAAGAACUUCCCAAAAGAUCUCGACGGGUCCCAGCAUGGUUCUCGAAGUAUGCGAUUAUUUCCUUUCUCGUCAUGCAUUUGGAGCAGUAAGUCCAUUGGCCACUAGAGCGUCAGAGCAGUGAGCAUUCCUGGAAAACUUUUCUCUCUCUUUCCCAGGCUCCUUCCCCAGGAAGUUUUCCUUCACGGUGGCCGGAGCUCGGAAGUUAUUCUUCUCUCCCUCGCUCUCUUCACGGUAUGUUUCCGGCGGCAUGGACGCUCUGGUGAUGAUCGCUGCUUGCUUCCAAAAGUAGCUAUUCGUUGUCUGCUCUUGUGGUUUCCGUACAUUUUGGUUUUUUCAACUUCCUCUUGUUCUGUCGUCAGGUGGCCGAAACAUGGAGUCUCGUUGGAGGAUCCCGCUCGGAAAUAGACCAACGCCGAAGACGCCGACCUCGGCUACCAAUGAUGUUUCUGGUCUUGCAAACUUUAAGCGGAUUAUGGAGCAAUUGAAUGCCGGUGUGUAUGGAAGCGUUAGUGAUACGAUACGGGAUCUCUGCAAGCGGAAACUUGCUGAAUUCUCUAAACGUUCGGCCGUGAAGAUGGAUGCUGCUGCUUCGAGUAAUGUUCCUGAUGCGAAAAGGAUUCGGGGCAUGAACGGUUUAAAGGAGCAUCAUGAUGUCUGCUGCAUCUCUGGGCCAGCAGCUGCUGCACAUACAGUUGUGAUUCUAGAUUCUGACGAAGAAGAUAAUGGAGAAGACACAGCCAACGGUCAGUUUCAGGGUGUUGUGCAGACUAAGCUUGAGGAACAGUGUUUCUCUGAUACGGAGGUAAGAGAAUCUAUAGCGACUUCAUCGCCAAAACAUGCUGUCGCUGAUGAUACUGCUGCCUGCAAAGGAGAUGAAGCUGCCCGAACUGAUAUUGAGCCUGACAAAGAGAAGGACAAGAUGAAUUGUGUGAUUCCUCUUAAUUUAUGUCAAGAUGAGAAGACGAUCAUAGAUUUGGAAACUUCGGACACACAGCAUGCUGAUGUGGGUGACUACUCUGUAACAAGUGGUGCACCAGCUCAAGCAGAAGAAACUGUUGUGGUCUUGGAUCUCGAUGAGAAUGAGUCCGAUGGCAGUGUCGUGGACAUGGAUAUUUCCCCCUUGCGUGAGGUUGUCCUGGCAAGUCAAUUUGGAGAAUUUUCUGCGGAGAAAGAGGUUGGAGACUCUAUUGAGAUCGGAAUUCUAAUCUCGGAGAGCCUUCCUGAUGGUACUUACUGCAAGGAAAACGGUAAGUCAGGAAGCGUUGCCGAUGAAACUGGCGGCAAGGGGAAUGAGGCUGAUCGCACUGACUGCAAAGAAGAUACGGCUGUUAGUAAUGGUGAGAAAAAUGAUGAUCCGAUGCUUAGAGAGACUGGACCGAAAACUCGUGCUGAUGAUACUAACCACAAGGAAGAUUCAGUUCUUGACACUCGCGCGACCAAUAAAGAACUUGCUUUCUGGCAUCCUGAAGAUGACAGUACACAAAGUGACAGUGAUGAAGAUGGUUUGGGGAACCUAUGGAAUGAGAUGGCCAUAGCAUCGAAAUUCACUGGGGAACCCGAGGAGUAUCCUCCAUCUAACUUAUCAAUCGAAGAUGAUGAUGAUGAUCGCUGUGACCAUGAUUACAUUCACAAGGAAGACAUUGGCGAUGUAUGUCGCAUUUGUGGGUUUGUAGGUCGAGACAUCACUUCAGUAAUUGACGUCCAAUUCUUUAAGGCGAAAAAGUAUGUGCGCAACUAUGCUUCCAGUUCCCGGAAUGCCAAGGAUAAGACCACGAACGAGGAGAUUCGAGUUCAGGAUGAUGACGUUACAGCCGCCGCCAUGUACCCUCAUCCAAGGCACCAGAAGCAAAUGAAGCCUCAUCAAGAAGAAGGCUUCAAGUUCCUCUGCAGCAACUUGGUCUCCGAUGAUCCUGGGGGAUGCAUAUUAGCUCAUGCACCUGGAUCAGGCAAAACCUUCUUGAUCAUCAGCUUCAUCCAAAGCUUCCUUGCCAGAUACCCCAAGGCUCGACCACUCGUUGUGCUCCCGAAAUCAAUCCUGCAUACCUGGAGGAAAGAGUUCGAGAAGUGGAAUGUGGAAGACUUUCCCAUUUAUGAUUUCUACACUUCGAAAGCAGAGGGUCGUGCUCAGCAACUGGAGGUCCUCAAAAAAUGGGUUGAUCAGAAAAGUGUGCUUCUCUUGGGUUACAUGCAAUUAUCCUCCAUUAUAUGCGACGAGGGGACAACCAUGGAGUGUACCGACUGUCAGAACAUUCUCCUACAUCAACCAUCCCUUCUCGUUCUGGACGAAGGCCACACUCCGAGGAAUGAGGGGACAAAUGUUCUCCAAUCUCUGGUGAAAAUUCGGACACCGAGGAAGAUCGUGCUCUCAGGCACCCUCUAUCAGAAUCACGUCCAGGAAGUUUUCAAUGUACUGAAAAUCGUUCGUCCCAGCUUCCUGAAGCUAAACGACACUCCAUCCAUCGUCAAGCGCAUUCUCAGCAAAGCAUCCAUACCAACAGGGAAGAAGGUUAGAGGUAGCGGCGCCGAUGCCACGUUCUACGAGGCCGUGGAGCAUACUUUGCAACAAGAUGGUGACUUCAAGAGCAAGGUAUCCCUAAUCCAGGACCUCCGAGAGAUGACCAGAAAAGUCCUCCAUUACUUCAAAGGUGAUUUCUUGAGUGAGCUUCCAGGGCUGGUCGACUUGACCGUGGUGCUCAAGCUCACAGACUGGCAGAAGCACGAGGUGGAGGAGAUGAAGAAAGUGAAGUGUAAAUUCACGAGAGCCGUGGUUGGUGGUUUAGUCUGGCUUCACCCGAAACUGAAGAACCUGAAGAAGAAACUGAAACCUGCAGCUACUAUCGAGAACGACGCCAUGGACAAGCUGCUGGAGGAUCUAGACACCAGAGACGGAGUGAAAACCAAGUUCUUCCUUAACAUGUUGGCUCUAUGCGAGACGAACAAUGAGAAAAUGGUGAUCUUCAGCCAGUACCUACCGCCGCUGAAGUUCCUGGAGAGGCUGCUGACGAAGCUGAAGGGCUGGACUCUGGGAAGGGAGAUGUUCAUGAUAAGUGGGGAUUCGAGCUCUGAACAGAGGGAAAGGUCCGUGGAACACUUCAACAACUCCACAAAUGCUAAGGUUUUCUUCGGGUCAAUUAAGGCCUGCGGCGAAGGGAUUUCACUAGUUGGAGGGUCGAGAGUGAUCAUUUUAGAUGUGCAUCUGAACCCUGCUGUCACUCGUCAGGCUAUAGGGCGAGCGUUUCGGCCAGGGCAGACGAAGGUGGUGUACGUCUACAGGCUGAUCGCUGGUGGAUCGCCGGAGGAGGAAGAUUACAAUACGUGCUUCAGGAAGGAAGCGAUCUCGAAGCUGUGGUUCGAGUGGCACGAGUUCUGUGGGUUUAAGGAUUUCAAGGUGGACUGUGUUGAGUUGCAGAAGUGUGGUGAUAUGUUCAUGGAGAGUCCUUUGAUUGCUGCAGAUGUACGUGAUCUGCACAGAAGGUAGAUCGUGAUUCUGACUAGGGAAACCAAAAUUGAAGAAGCUGAAGUACAGGUAUUGGGUAACUCUUUUUUUGCUAGUGGAUCGUAUUGCAACACUAGACUGCUCUUCUGUAGUAACUCUAAUUCUCUUCCUGGCAAAUUUACCUCUAAUUCUCACCCCAAACCUUAAACGUGGAGGUUUAGGGAGGCUAAUUUUAGUCGUUGCUGACCACUUUUGCGUCGUUCUAUGAGGCGUUUUGGUUAUAUGUAUAUAUGCUGUUCUUGGGGAGAUCAGAUGAACUAAUUUAGCAGAUUAUUGUGGUCUUUACAUCAAACAGCAUCUGGUUUUGUGUAAUGCUAACCAUUAACUAGCAUCAGAGCCUUCCUUAUUGGUCGAGUUUUCUCGUACUUGGUUCGCAACAAAAGCUUCGGUUUGCUUCCCAGCAACUGAAUUGUAGUUCACUGCCACUGGAACCAGAUAAACCCUAUGCUCUUGCUGAGUUUCUGAUUUUGUAAAUCUAGGGAGAGACAUUUGGUCUCUCAUAACAUCGUUUUGAUCCUCCACGUGGCCUGGUUUGUCACCUGUAAACUAAAACAACACGGAAAAU